UUUUCUGGCUACGGCAAAACCCGACAGGCGGCUCCCUCUCAUCGGGAAAGGAGAGAAUCGCGGCGCAGCCAGGCAACCUCACGCGGAAGUCCGCAAUCCCAGAGCUGCGGGAACUCUCUGAAACCGGAGACGACAACACACGGGAGUGGAGAGACCUAAACGAAGCGUUCUGGGGGUCCCUGAGCGAUUGUUCCUCUCAUGCUGCGGGAUCGAGCUGAGUUCUAGCAAGGAGAGAUCUUGUCCUGAUCUUGCUGCACGAGGGAAGGGGAGAGAAGCACUUGCAUUUUUCCAUCAUGCAGGUAAAAAAAGUUCAAAGGCAAGCAGUGUGCUGGCUGCUUGUGCAGUAGGAGAAGCUUAGAAUAAAUCCAGAAAUGGACACUUUUAACAAUGAAGGAAUGAUGAAAUUGCGCUGAUGCCUUUAUCUCCCUUUGAAGACCACGAGGCUCUAAACCCAUUCCCAACCAAAUGGGAUUUUGUCCUAGUUUGUGAUGAUCACAGCCUCAACAGUGAGAAAGAUAAGAAGAAGAAAAGUUUUCUGGAUGAACUGCACAGGAAAGGGUUUAUUAUCAAGAUGAUUAAAGAUGAAAAGCUCUUUUAUGGAGUUCAGGCCCCAAGUGUAAUGUUCAGAAAAUACCAGUGGCUUCUGAAGAAUAUUGACACUGAUUCAGAAGUAAUAUCUGGAGUGCAGCAAGAGGACUCUUCGGAAGUGAUCAGUACAACAAGAAUACGUAUUGUCAGCUUUAUCCUGCAGAACAUAAAGAUUCAAAGCACCAAAGGUCUGUUAGAGAACCUUCAUGAUCUGAUAAAGAUGAAAGUCUUUGAAACAGCAUUUCCUUUACAUGAGAGGGAGAAUCUGGGUGCAUUUCUGAAGAUGAAUUGGGCCCGAUGGAGAGACAUCAUCUAUAGACAGCCAAUUGAAGAAAUCAGGACCUAUUUUGGGGAAAAAGUUGCCCUUUAUUUUGCCUGGCUGGGCUGGUAUACUUGCAUCUUGUUCGUGGCUGCUGUGCCAGGCAUUAUCCUUGCCAUAUAUGGGUUAAUUAGCUUCAGUUCCAGUCAGAUCAGCAAGGAAAUCUGUGCAGCCAAUACUACUAUGAUGUGUCCACUCUGUGACCAGAAGUGCCCUUUUUGGCCAUUGUCAGAAACUUGCACAUAUGCCCAGGUCACCCACUUGCUUGAUAAUGAAGGGACAGUUCUCUUCGCAAUAUUCAUGGCUGUCUGGGCCACUGUAUUCUUGGAGUUGUGGAAGAGAAAGAGAGCUGCAGUUGUCAGUGCCUGGAAGUUGUAUCUGUGGGAUGAAGAAGAGGAGGAAGUGGCUAUGGAACUCAUCAAUAACCCAGAAAUGGCUUCCCCGCUGCACCAGCAUUCUUACAUCCGCAGCACUGUUGUACUCAUCUUAGUUGGGCUUAUGAUCUGCGUGAUUAUUGGUAUUGCCCAUGCACUUGUCAUCUAUAGGGUCGUGGUGACAGUCAUCUUUACUCAGUCUGACUCAGAAUUUUUCCGAGAACGAGCCAGUACCAUGGCAGUGAUGACAGGGGCUGUGUUGCAUUAUUUAACUAUCAUCAUAAUGAGCAAGGUGAAUAGACAUGUAGCGCUGUACCUCUGUGAUAUGGAGAAGCCAAGAACAUUCGCUGAGCGUGAGAAAAACGUCAGUGUCAAACUCUUCACCUUCCAGUUCUUCACCCACUUCUCUUCUGUGAUCUACGUUGCUUUCUUCCUUGGGAGGAUUAAUGGUCGUCCAGGGGACUAUGUACGUGUGGGCGGCAAGUGGAGACUGGAAGAAUGCCACCCCAGCGGCUGCCUUGUAGAUCUCUUCAUCCAGAUGGCCGUAAUCAUGACAUUAAAGCAAACACUGAGCAAUUUUGUGGAGUUCAUGUUGCCCUGGAUACGCUACAAGUACAAACUGCUGUUCAGAAAUCCCAAAAGCAACAACAGGGUUCAUAUGGAGGAGAGUGCUCGGGACCCAUGCAAGGAGGAAUGGCUAUGGAACUAUAACCUUAAUGAAGUGAACGUCUUCAGUUUGUUUAAUGAAUAUCUGGAGAUGAUGAUCCAGUACAGCUUCACCACUAUUUUUGUGGCUGCCUUUCCCCUUGCUCCACUCCUGGCCUUUAUCAACAAUCUCAUCGAAAUUCGACUAGAUGCUAUCAAGAUGGUGAGAUUGCAGAGGCGUAUGGUUCCCAGGACAGCAAAUGAUAUUGGUAUCUGGUUGCUGAUUCUGGAGGCAAUCGGUAUUUUAGCUGUCAUUGGCAAUGGUAUGGUAAUUGCCAUCACCUCAGACUUCAUCCCAAUGCAGGUGUACAAAUACACUUCUAGCCCCUGCGUACAGAAGAAUUACACAGGCAAAGACUGUUUGGCAGGUUACGUCAACUACAGUCUUUCGGUGUUCAACGUCCAGGACUUUGGGAACCAUGAGAAUCUGCCAGAACAUAAAGAUCCCAUGGGGAAUGUGAUAACGCACUGCAGGUACCGAGAUUACAGGGACAGUGAGGACUACAGUUAUACUGUUGAGUUUUGGCAUAUUUUUGCAGCACGCCUUUCCUUCCUUAUCUUGUUUGAACACGUGGCCCUUUGCAUUAAACUGAUUGCAGCCUGGUUUGUGCCUGAUGUCCCCAGGAGCAUUAAGAACGAGCAUCUAAAACAAAAACGUGAAAGGCUGUUGAAAAGACUCAGAAGAAUGGAUGACUCCACAGAAGUAUAGUGAAACGUCAUAUGAGAGUGGUGGGAUCAAGAGAAGAAAUCCUAGAGUCAAGCCUCUAGAAGAAUGGUGCUGAAGACUUUGAAGAUGCCAGCUGAACUCUGCAGGCGUCGCUUGAUCUUUUGUUUACUGUUCUUGGAUUUUACCUCUUCACUGAAAGGAAACUGCCAUUGUUUGCAUGGUAAGAUUGUUUUGAAUAUUCAAGUGUUCCUAGGAGACUACAGGGUAGGAACAAUGUCACAUGUCAGAGCAUGAGGCAGAAGUAAGCAGGAGUGUUUGCACUGACUAUAAAAUAACUCUCUUGCUAUAAAGUUAAAAUAAUUUUGGUUACACCAAAACUUCCAUGCUCUGCCACCACCACUCAUAACAGAUUUGACACUUAACACCCAUGAAACUCUCACAGCUGUCUCAGACUUUCAGUAUAAAUCAACAUGAAAUCUCUUAACUCUCAUGGCUCAUAGGAAUAUAUAUUAAUAUAUUUUCAUUUCCUUUAUUACCUUGAUGGUGCUCUUUGAGUGGAAAGAAAUAUAUUGUUUGUAUAAAAUAUUUUUCCUUUGUAUAAUUUAACAGCACAUGUGCACAGUUAUUUUUAUAGGGGCUUUUUAGCAUUGUUUUUUUUCUUCAUCAAAGCCUCCAAACUGCUGUUUAAAGUUCAGAAGAAUUGUUAUUUUGAAGAGUUUCCAUAAUUCCUAUAUGUGCGCUGACAUCCUUUUAGAGAUUACUCCUUUCAGCUUUUUAAUGGUACACCAUUUGAUAAAAGUUUCUUGUGUGCUGGUUUAUAAAAAGACCCAAUUAAUUGCCUACCUCAUAAAGAUGAUAGGAAGUUUAAUUCAGUUCUGAAAAGCAUUUUAAGGCCUUUGCCUAUAUUGUAAACACUCUUGAUUCUAUCAUUCCAUCGAGCCACUGGGAUAGUUGCCCUCAUGGAAUCUAUGAAUGAAACCCCUCAAAGGUGGCAAUGUGUGUAUUACCUCACUCAACUUUUUUACAUGUAAGUUGGGGUCAGAUGUACCCACACAUAAACUUCACAAGAAUAGGUAUAUUUUUCCUUGGAUUCUUAAUUCAUGAUGCUGUUAUAACCCAGUUUCUGACCAAUCCAGAAAUGUGUGUGCACUUACAAAGAUUAUAUACAGCAGUUCCUUUAUUAAUUCACUCAUCCUAAAGAGGUCAGCUGUUCAUAGAACUGUGUAUAUACAUCAUUCUGGGAUGUAGCAGAACACUGGGCUUUGGUUAGCAGUUUCAGCCUGUUGCAUCAUAGAGCUACAUGUGUGAGAAAAGCUGCUCGACGAAAUUUACUUUUACUUUUCUGCAUAAGCACUAAAGGCACAAAGGCUGUGCUUCAUCGGACAGUUAUGUAUUCUACAAAAACUGUUUUGUUUCAUACCACAUGUGCCUUCUUUCCAACCAAGUACUGUAUCUAAUAAUACACAGAAAUAAAGCACAUUUUUUAAAAAAUCCUGAUCCAAAAAAUGUUAAGGCUUCAGGAUGUCUUUUAGAUGUAAGUUCAAAUUACUUGUGUCCCCUCACCUUUUAUUAUAUGGAUUAGGUAGAACCGCUGAAUUAAUGUUCGUAUUCAUAUGUAACUUAUCAACUUGACAUUCGGAUUCUCUUUUGUUCUUGUCUGCAAAUGUUACAUCUUACGUGCAUUGUUAAGUUAUGAUUGGAACUAAAUCACAGCACUGAGAAUGUAAAGAUGUAACAUGCUAAAGGGCACUUCUAUCCUGUUUUUAUCCUCAGCAAAAUCCUUAGUGGAUAUCGGUGAUUGCAAUUAUGCUCUCUUGCUCCUGAAGUUGUUUUUGCAAUUCGUACUUUUGACUGAAAAGAUCAUGCAAAGUUAAAAUUCCUAUUACAUACCUAAUACCUGUAUUUUUUCUUUUCUUUCUUUCUUUGACAAAUUCUAAAUUUAAUUGCAAGUUAAGCUUCAGCAGCAAUCACAAGUUCAUUCCUUGAAAGCCAAUGGGACUUGGAUUCUAGCUGAAACAUAUCUGUUUGAGAAUCUCUAUAAUCUAAUUCUGGAAGCAUCUUGCUUAGGGAAGUGCCUUUAAAAUUGCGCCUUAUAGCAAUACUUUGGCUCUAGAUUACUUUAACAUCCUUACCUAUUGAAUUAGCGACCUUAAUUCAAUUUGUAAUUCCUUAGGCUUUCUGUUCUUGUGUCACACUGUUUAAAGUUGUACUUUUAAAGAAAACACAGUUACUCUGAAA